AAUAUACUACCCAAAAGAAUUCGCCAGCACCGAGGGAGCAAAUAAAAAAGCCAAAUAUUGCAGCAAAAACCGGAAUAAAAUACCGAGAAGAUCCAGCAUAAACCAAAGGCGCCUCAACCAAAAGGCAGAAUUUUUUUAGCCAAGAAAGCAGCUUUCUUGCCACUCCCAUAGUCCCAUGGCACUAUAAGGCAGAGAGAGAGAGAGAGAGAGAGAGAGAGAGAGGCCGUGUUGGCCUGGUGAGGAGGGCCGGACGCCGUAGGAGGGAGGAGGCAAGGCGGUGAAGCAAUGGCGGUCGCGGCCUGGGCCGCAUGGCUGCUCGUCCUCCUGUGCCGCGGCGCUUGGACCCCGCGGCAAAUCUUGGUCGCCGCGACCACCGACGCCAAUGAUGUUACUGCCCUCAACACGCUGUUUACCAGCAUGAAUUCGCCUGGACAGCUGCAGGGUUGGAAGGUGAAUGGUGGUGACCCGUGCAGCGAAUCGUGGCAGGGCAUCACUUGCUCUGGAUCCUCAGUAACCGCAAUUAAAUUGCCGAGCUUGGGGCUCUCUGGAAAUCUGGCCUACAACAUGAACAACAUGGAUUCACUAGUUGAGCUAGACAUGAGCCAAAAUAAUAUCGGUGGUGGCCAACAGAUCCCGUACAAUCUUCCAAAUAAGAAGCUUGAAAGACUCAAUCUGGCUGGUAACCAGUUCUCUGGAAAUGUGCCGUUCUCAAUUUCCACAAUGUCUAAACUUAAGUACCUAAACCUUAAUCAUAACCAACUAUCAGGAGAUAUCACUGAUGUAUUUUCCAACCUCCCAAGUUUAACAACCAUUGACCUUUCCUUCAAUUCUCUUACUGGUAAUCUACCACAAAGUUUCACUUCUUUGUCAAGCCUGAAAACUCUGUAUUUGCAGAACAAUCAACUUACUGGCUCAAUUAAUGUGCUUGCGAAUCUUCCCCUUGAUGAUUUGAAUGUUGCAAGUAAUCGCUUCACUGGUUGGAUUCCUAAUGAGCUAAAGAAGAUAAAUAGUCUACAAACCGAUGGCAACUCUUGGAGCACAGGCCCAGCACCUCCACCACCACCAUUUACGGCUCCUCCACGUUCGCGCAACCAUCAGAAAAGCCCAGGCCAGCACUCCAAUGGAAGUAAUGAUUCAAGUUCUGGCGGAAGCUCUGGCAUAGGUGCUGGAGCCAUAGCAGGCAUUGCCGUAUCUAUUCUUGUUGUUGGAGCAAUUGUUGCAUUCUUUUUGAUAAAGAGAAAACAACGAAAAGGUGCAAUGCCAGAACACUUCGAACAGCGCCAGCCAUUCAAUUCAUUCCCUUCAAAUGAAGUUAAAGGUAUGAAGCCUAUUCAAGAGGCUACCACUGUAGAGGUGGAGUCUUUGCCUUCUGCCGCGGUUAACCUGAAACCACCUCCCAAGAUUGGGCGAAACCAGUCAUUUGAUGAUGAUGAUGAUUUUGCAAACAAGCCUGUUGUGAAGAAAAGCAAUGCAGCACCAGUCAUGGCAACUGUUUAUUCAGUUGCGGAUCUACAGAUGGCAACAGAUAGCUUCAACAUGGACAACCUUGUUGGAGAGGGUACUUUUGGACGUGUGUACAGGGCACAAUUCAGUGAUGGAAAGGUUCUAGCUGUGAAGAAACUAAACAGUACUGUGCUGCCUAGUCAAUCAUUAGAUGAUUUCUACGAGCUGGUGUCAAACAUUUCAAUGUUGCACCAUCCCAAUCUCAGUGAGCUUGCAGGCUACUGCAUGGAGCAUGGACAACACUUGCUGGUUUAUGAUUUCCAUAGGAAUGGUUCACUGCAUGAUAUGCUUCAUCUCUCAGAUGAAUACAACAAGCCACUCAGUUGGAAUUCCCGUGUUAAGAUUGCAUUAGGCUCUGCACGUGCACUAGAGUAUCUUCAUGAAAUUUGUUCUCCAUCUAUAAUUCACAAGAACUUCAAAUCAUCCAAUAUUUUACUGGACACGGAGCUCAAUCCUCAUAUUUCAGAUGCUGGACUUGCAAGCUUUGUUCCAGAUGCUAAAUUCCAGGCUUCGGACCAGGGUUCUGGAUAUAGUGCCCCUGAGGUGGACAUGACCGGCCAGUAUACCCUGAAAAGUGAUGUCUACAGCUUUGGAGUUGUCAUGCUGGAGCUCUUGACGGGUCACAAACCAUUUGACAGCUCUAGACCCCGGUCAGAGCAGUUACUUGUCCGGUGGGUGACUCCCCAGCUACAUGACAUUGAUGCAUUGGACCGGAUGGUUGAUCCAGCACUCAAGGGUCUAUACCCUGCCAAAUCCCUCUCCCGUUUCGCCGAUGUUGUCGCCCUGUGUGUCCAGCCUGAGCCUGAGUUCAGACCUCCGAUGUCUGAGGUGGUGCAAGCGCUGGUCAGGCUCGUUCAGAGGGCCAAAAUGACCAGGAGGAUGCUUGACGGCGAAGAGGCUUCUCGGCGACCAGAUGAACAGGACCCGGAAUUCAUUUAACAAGUGAAACAAUAGAUCUUAUGUUGAACCAGGACCCUAUCUUACUGUUGUGACUGUAUUAGUCUUGUUCCCUUAACACCUAAUGCAGAGGAACAAAAGAGGGGAAAAAACAAAGAAAUCAAGUUUUAUCGGUACAUAAUCACAAGCUAUGUUCCGUAUAAUGAAAUAUACAGGUUGGUGUUGUACGAC